GACUGGUCAGGCUGAGGUCUGCUGCUCCGGCGCCCCGUCCUGGCACCCCCACCGGCCGGGCUGGGUGGUAUUGACAACCUUCCCCCCGCUGGCCUCAGCCGGCUUGGCUGCUAGUCUUCCGGCUUGGCUCUUCAUCUCUCCGCUUGGGCUUCCCACCCGCAUCCACGCACCAUCUCCCCUCCCGCAAUGUCCUCCCAGCAAGACGACUCGCUCCGCCAGCGCAACCGGCAUCUGCUCAACCUGGCCCGCCGCGCCCGAUUCAGCUCGGCCGCCCAGCCCGCCGUCCGGGCGACAAAGUCCUUCUUCGAGGACUUUAAAAAGUUCAUCAGCCGCGGCAAUGUCGUCGACCUGGCCGUCGGUGUCGUCGUUGGCGGCGCCUUCAGCGCCAUCGUCACCUCGUUCGUCAACGACCUGAUCUCGCCCAUCCUGUCGCUGAUUGUCGGCGUCCAGCUCAAGAACUACUUUUUGUAUCUUCGCGAGCCCAACGAAAAGAUCUGCCCCGCGGACAACUGGCAUAGCAUCCAGACCCCGCAGCAGGCGCAGGCUUGUGGUGCCGUCACGCUUGAUGUCGGUGCCUUCAUCCAGACCGUCAUCAACUUCAUUCUGAUUUCGCUGGUCCUGUUUGUGAUCAUCCGAACCUUCACCCGCAUCAUCGAGAGCCAGAAGAAGAAGGUCGACGAGCACGGCGUGCCCACCGAGCGAGAGUGCCCUUACUGCUUGAAGGAGGUGCCCAUCUUUGCCACCAAGUGCUUCCUGUGCUGCUCCGAGCUCCCUCCCAUCGAGGAGAGCACCAACCUGGACACCCUGGUCAAUGUCCAGCAGUAAGACAUUCCGCGGCUGUUCUGCGGCUCCGCUGUGGCUAUUCUGGGGGUUCCUCUGCUGUUCUGCAGUUCCUCACCCACAAGCCAGCCUUCCGCGAGCUUGGUGAUAUGAUAUCUUGCAUUGCCCUGCUCUUGCCCACCCUCCUUUCUGUAUAUGGCUCCCUACCUCCCUACCACUCUCCAAUCAACCAUGAUCUCGCCUCUCUCUCCCUCUCCUUUGUGCAAAAUGAAAAGCUUUAUUCGACUCUUUGGCCAACGAUCUCACCCUGCUUAAAUACACCCA